GUCAGUGAGAACAACCAUCCAUCAAGAUGUGGCGCCUGCACUUGUUCCUCAUUCUGUCCACCUGUUUCCUGGUGCCGCACAAUGCCAAGCCAAUGACGCGAUCCACGGUUGGAUUCUCCUCCUCGACCUCCGCGACCUCCUCAACCCCAUCGACCUCCACGACCACCUUGGCCACGUUGCUCCUGGAAACGGAUUCCGGAAGUAGUACGGUUAGCAGUACUAUUAGUGAUACCACAACGGAACAGUCCACCUCCACCACCGAAUCUUCAACGAGGACACCGCGAGUGAUGAACAUCGGACGCUUGGCUUCCAAGGACCUCGCCGAUUUGCUUUUGGCCAGCAUGCAGGCACGUGGCGCUAAAUUGACCGCUCUCCAGGAGUCCACCAUGAAGUCGCUGCGCAGUGAGGAGCCCAAGGAUACCAAGGGCAAGGAUGUGUUCCUGCAAGUCGGCAUGGAUGUGAUCAUUGACAUUUUGAUUGGAGCUCGCAACAACGCCACCUGCGCUCGCAUCAUCCAGGAUAUCGACCAGUCGCAGGACAGGAACAGCCUCACCCUGUCGCUGAAAUCCUUCCUCGCCCUGUGCUUCUUCAAUGGCAUCGAGUGUGCCAAAGAGGAGGUGGCUCAGGUCAUCAAGAGCACUCACGCGCGUCAGCGUCAGCAGGCGAAGAGCAUGAUCGAUGAUCAGCAGACCGAGGGAUCGGGACUCCGCACCGCUCGACGAGUGGCCACGGCGACCAAGGACGAUCGCCAAACGGUGCUGAAGUUCCUGCAGGCACGCAACAUCAACGAACUGAGCACCAUACUGAACACCCUGCUGCAGGUUUGCGGAGCUUCGGGCGGCGAGGCCCACAAGAUCAUCCGGAAUUUGAGAGAAAUGGGUCCCGACUCGGUCAGUCUGUUGCAGGUGAAUGCCUUCAGUAUGCUUUCCGUUUCGCUGCUCGAUAGUUUGUCGACCAUUGCCGAGGGUAAGUCGAGUGGCUUGUGCUCCGCUGCUCCCGAGAGCUGGAUCGUUCGCCUUCUGGCGAUGGGCGUGGACAAGGUGGUGCUCAUGGGCCUGAUGACCGCCCUUGAUCGCACCAUUGCAAACUCCACAUCCGCCACAUCCGCCGAAAUCACCAACGCCGCAGCAUUGAACAGUGUGAAUGGCGGUGACCUCACAGACGCCAAGUCCCUGGUUAGCCCAAAAGCUGCUGCCACCGCAAAGCGAGCCAUUUUGGGUUCGGGCAACGAUUUCAACCUGGCACCUUCGGUGCAGGAAAUCGGAAACUUAAACACUGUUAAUGAUCUUAUUGUUGCUGAUGUGCCCGCUGGAGUUUUUCUUCCGAUCGGCAGUACUGGUACUGGCAAUGGCAACGUUCUUAAUGAGGGCUCUGAUGUUGUUCUCAAUGGAACAGGAAACAGUUUCAACCGCUUACUUGGUGCGAGAGUCCCCGCUUUAGUGGGUGCCCCUGUUUUGUCGGAUAUCAAUAGUGGAACUUCGUCUGGUUCGCCUUCUUCUUCUUCAUCUUCAUCUUCUGGUUCACCGAGUGCGGGGUCCACUGGUUCUUCCAGUCCAUCGACUAGUUCCGGAACCCCAAGCUCUUCUGGUUCUGCUGCCCCUUCAUCUUCUCCUAGUUCUUCUCCAUCCGUUGUGGGCAACAUUGCGAACGUGCGAGGCGAUAGUCUUACUGGCAAUCAGAACUUCCUUUUCAAGCUCCUCGAUCUUGGACUUCCAAUCUCUCUGGCUGCUCCUGUUCUCAGUGUCAUUAAUAAUCAAGGAACUCCUGCUGGUUCUUCUUUGGGUAGUUCUUCAAGCGGCUCUUCGGCUGGUUCUCCCAGUGGUUCGCCCAGCAGUUCUUCAGCUGGUUCCUCCAAUGGUUCCUCUUCGGGAUCCUCAGUGGGAAAUACCGCCAACAUCGGACCCAAUGUCGAUGUGGUUGGUAAUCACAACGAAGUUACAAAGGUAGUUGAUGCCAAUGUCGAUGCUUUGGCUAAUGUUCCCGUUCUUAGCACAAUUACCGGAACUGGCUUUGGCAAUACCCUCAAUAAAAAACAAGACGUCUUUAUAAGGGGCGAUAACAAUACCGUUACCAAGGUCGUCGAUGCCAACGUUCCCGUUUUGGCGGCUGUUUCGGCCCUUAGCAGUCUCACAGGCAAAUCCUCUGGCGGAUCCUCAAGCGGAGCCUCAAGUGGCAGCUCCUCUCCAUUGGGUGCAUUGGGUGGCCUGACUGGAUCCUCGGGGUCAUCUGAUGGUCUGCUUGGUGGACUCCUUGGUACCGUUGGCGGUGUCGUCGGUGGUUUGGGUCCCAUUGUUGGCGGUGUUGUCAACACAUUGGAGCCCACUGUCGACGGUGUUCUUGGCACAGUAACACCGGUUGUUGGCGGUGUCCUGGGCGCCGUUGGUGGAAUUUUGGGCGGCGGCUCUUCCAGCGGCUCUUCCAGUCCACUUGGAGCAGUUACCAACAUCUUGGAUGGCGGCUCUUCCGGCGGUUCUUCAAGCCCUCUUGGCGGCGUUACCGGACUUUUGGGUGGUGGAGGCUCUUCUGGCGGUUCCUCCGGUGUCAUUGGAAACAGCGCCUCCAGCGAUCCUCAAACUUUGGUCCGAGGCAACGGCAGCAACAUCGUGCGACUGGUGGAUGUCCAUGGCUUGGUUUUGGCUGAUAUUCCCCUGUUGAGCAGCAUUACCAACAUAUUGGGAUUGGGAGGACUAAUUGGCAACUCAGCUAACAAGGGACCGAAGACAGUGGUUAUCGGCGAUAAUAAUCGUAUCGUGAAGCUGAUCAACGUUGAUCUCUGGGUGUUGGCCUUCCUCGAUGUGCUCAACAUUAUUCGCGGCAGUGGAGGCGUUUGCAACAAGCUAAACUCCGGACCUGACACUGAGAUCAUUGGAAACAAUAACGAUGUGGUUCAGCUGGUGGAUGUGGAUUUGAGUGUUCUAUUGCUGGUUGAUCUGCUGAGCCACUUGAUCACCACUGUGGCCAAUGACUGCGGCAGCACCACCACAGUGACACCCAUUACGGAACCGCCGACAGCUCCGCCACCAACGGUCCCACCACCAACGGUCCCACCACCAACGGUUCCACCACCAACGAUCCCACCACCAACGAACCCACCACCAACGGUUCAGCCGCCCACUGAGAUCCCGCCCACCUAUGGCCCACCCACCAACCAGCCUCCCACAAUCGCACCUCCCACAAUUGGACCACCCACCAUUAGGCCACCCACAGUGGAACCUCCCACCAACAGGCCACCCACCGUUCAGCCACCCACCAACAGGCCACCCACCGUUCAGCCACCCACCAACCGCCCGCCGUCGCCCAAUCCCAACAGCUGCUAUCGGCGAUAUUGUCGCAAGUGGCGCACUCGCCCCAGCUAUUUGUGCCACAAGAACUGCGGAGGUGCCUACACCUACAAGCCCUAAAUCGCAGUCCUUGCACCACCAUCCACCAAAGCAGCAAAGGAACCACCGAAACCACCGGCUUUACAGCCACUCGAUCUUGUUAUGCGUGGCACUGCCAGCCUCUCUGCCAUUGGGCAUUUAUUUAUUUUGUGUACUUUCUAAGCAAAAGUUGUUUAAUAUAUUUAAAAUAUAAAGACAUUGAAUCGAUAA